AUGGCUAAUAAUUAUCGUGAACUUGAAGGUAGUGGUGCAAAUUAUGAAGAGGAAGAAGCACAAUUGUGGAGACAGCCAAUUUAUUCUCAACAAAGACAGAGAUUUGAUGGUCGCAAUCGUAGUAACGACGCUACUUCUUCCCAUAUCAGAAGAAUGCCUGACGAAGUAUGGCUGAUUCCAGCAAACGUUGAUGCUAAGAAAAUUCUUGGUGAUAAAAAAGCCAAUAUGAUACGUAUUGAGGCCUCAACUAACACACACAUGAAUUAUAAUGAGAAUGAUUCGCAAAUCGAAAUGUGGGGAAAUCGAGAUGAACUCGCUGAAGCACUAAAACAAUGGAACACUCUUGCUCAGAAUGUUCUGGAUGAUGAAUUAAAAAGAGCUAGAGCGAAAAAGGUUAAAGGUUGGGCAAAACCAGAAAAGGAACUUACGGAAAAGCAGCGUAAAAAGCUAGAGCGAAGAGAAGCUAGAGCUGCAAAGGAGAAAGAAAUGACAGAAACUCUUUUUCCUCGUGACAGAAUGCUAUACAACGCUCAUUUUGUGUUGCCUACUAAUAACGAGAUUCCUAUUGCACAAAUUAUUGGUGAUAAAGAAGAAGUGCUGAACCCAAUUCGAUUGGAUACCAAUUGUUACAUGUGGUUUGAACCAUCCCUUAAUUUGAUUAAAAUUGCUGGAAAUGAAGUUGAUUUGGUCGAAGAUGCCACUAUGCGUAUCAAAGUUCUUUACCUAAAAGUUGUCGCGAGUCGAAGUAUUCCAAUAAAUGUGACUGAUAAGUCUAAACGUAAUGGAUGGGUACAUUACAUGAUUGAUAUACCUGAAAUACCUCGACAACCAUAUCGCGUUAGAAUUGCCAAUAUACCUGAUUGGUUCAUGCCUCCCCAUGAUGUGGACCCGAACACCGCCAUUAAAAUUUUCGAACCUGUUAGAGAUGGGGAUCCAAAUAUGCUUGGAAAGGAGAAUGAAUCCAAUGAACCUACAGUAGAUUUAGAAACAUUACAAAAAAUUCAACUAGAGAAUGUUGAAGGAAUUCAGAAUGCUCUUUUACAAGCAUUAGGUGCAAUCCACUUGCUCGAUGAAGAAAUCAAGAUGCGCGUCAGGUUUGGUCAAAUAUGUCUUACAGAUUACCCUAAAGAAGCGUUAUGGCCAAUAGAUAAAUUGAAUAAUAGAGUUCUAAAGAGUCCUAGAUUAAAUUCCAAAUUUGUUACUUGUAUUGCUACCAAUAAAGCCCAACUCGAAAGGCUCUUUGAGAUUGUUUCUCAAGGAGAACAGCAGUGGGAAGGGUCUCCUUUUCGCGAAUACAAAAUUCGUGCUAUCCGUCGUCCAAAAAAUCGGGGUGAUCCAAAUUUAGAUUGCGUAUUUGAUGUUGAAUUCAAAAAUGACAACAAAAGUGACAACAAGAUUGGAUUAUGGAAUGCGACUACAGGUGAAAGAAAUGUAUUGGAUAUUAAUAUGGCAUGCUUAGACUAUGAUACUUCGUGGAACUUUUCCAUUCGUACAGCAAAAAGAUUAAGUAAUGAUAAAUUUAGUCCCCAAGGAGUUUUCGUUUAUAAAUUGCGAUUAAGCCCCAACAACAAAUUGAUUUACACUAACACCGAAGAGAUUAAAGUUACUUCCGUUUGUGAAAAGCUCAAAUGGAAAUUUUGGUGGGGAGAUAAUUAUGUAAUUGAGAUUACAAAAUAUGAACAUUGGAAUUGUGAUAGUAAUAAAUUUAAAUCCAUAUCUCCUGGGGUUGAAAUUGUUCUGGGCCGCGAACCUUCGGAAAGUACAUUCUAUGGUGUCACGUUUUACAAAGAUACUUGGGAAAGAGAUUUCGCAGAAAAUUGUGGUUUAUCAGCGGGGCGUGUACCAGAAUGGCAUCCUAUUGACUUUGUUGAAGAAGAAAGAUCUGGAGGUGUUGAUCACUUAUUGAAUGAGAUUCGAAAUUUCUUAGACGUCUUGCAAAACAACGUUUCUAAG